AUGUACAAAGUUUCAAAACUAAACUGUAUUUUGUUAGGAAUAUUGCUAAAAGUAUCAUGCGUUUACAGUGAAGACUGUAUGGAUUCAGUUUACAUGAAAAUACAGUAUACCACUAAACUGAUAGAUUCUUACAUCGAUAUCAAAAACAAAGUCAGUUCAGCUUAUGAAUGUCUGAAACUUUGUCGAAAUCGUGCUACUUGUAAAUCUGUAGGAAUUGAAACAAGUUCCAUGGACUGUUAUUUGUAUGCUGGGCGAGUUUAUGCUGGAUUAAGAGGAACAAUCAAGUCGGAUAUCAUAUACUAUUGGCUACUAGAACAUGAAUGUCCAUUACAUCUGGGAUACAGUGAAGACCCAACCAGUAAAAUUUGUACUAAGUAUUAUCCCACAGAAGUGAUUUGGUCUCUAGCUCAAGAGACAUGUGAAGGUGAGGGAGGUAUGUUGCUCAUGGUGGACAACCUCGACAGCAGAAGGGUGGCGACAGAUUAUGUUACCAGUGGGGUGCUGAAGGAAUGGACAUUCCUUGGCUCUAAAAGGAACCUGGAAGAUCCUGCAGAUUGGAAAUGGUUCAAUGGGGUACCAGUCAACACCUCCUGGAUUAUUCUCGACAGUAAUGAAGAACCUGAAGAACCAGAUUGUAUGACAUUGAAAGUGACGGAUAAAGAUGUAAAUCCAAUGGUUCUACAGAGUCAUGGUUGUUUCUUUACUGAAGGAUUCAUUUGCCAAGUUCCUACAAAACAAAACUAUUUACCGACAUUGUCUCCUACUGUUAUUAGAUAA